UUCUGUAACAUUGCAGAGUUUUCUGAUUACAGUGUGCCAAACCAUGAAGAACUGCAGAAAGAUGGGACUUUCAAGCAUUGCCACGAUAACAGCUUCGCUCAGCAGGACCGAGAGACGGAGAAAAAAGUUGCCAGCAGGAGGUUGUACGUUGUUUCCAUCAUCUGUCUGCUCUUCAUGAUAGGCGAGAUUUCUGGAGGAUAUUUGGCAGGAAGCCUCGCGGUCAUGACGGACGCAGCUCACCUUCUGACUGACCUAGCCAGCUUUGUCAUUAGCUUGUUUUCCCUCUGGCUUUCCUCUAAACCUGUCACACAAAGGCUCAGCUACGGCUGGUAUCGUGCAGAAAUCUUGGGUGCUCUGCUGUCAGUUUUCACCAUCUGGAUCGUCACAGGAGUGCUGGUUUAUCUCGCUGUGGAGCGCAUCGUCCAUGAUGACUAUGAGAUCGAGGGCCAUGUGAUGCUCAUUACCUCAGGUUGUGCAGUGGUGGCCAACAUUAUAAUGGCUUUAACCCUUCACCAGUCGGGUCAUGGCCACAGUCACGGCGGACUUGCCUCACACGGACACAGUCACAGUCCCAAGAGAGGAAAAGAAAAGACUCGGAGCCCAAACAACAUCUAUUCAAACGACUGCAUAGACAUGGAAGAAAACCAUGCGGGCAACGGAAAGAGGGCUCAGCAGGCGAAUGCAAGUGUGCGAGCAGCUUUUGUGCAUGUGAUGGGAGACCUUCUCCAAAGUGUUAGCGUGCUCGUCAGUGCCAUCAUCAUCUUCUUCAAGCCAGAAUAUAAAAUCGCAGAUCCGAUCUGCACCUUCUUGUUCUCCAUUCUGGUCCUAUGCACCACCUUCACCAUCAUGAGGGACAUCCUUCUUGUUCUAAUGGAGGGUACGCCAUCGGGGGUGAGGUACAGUGAGGUGCGAGACCGUUUGUUAGCUGUAGACGGAGUCAAAGCAGUUCACAACCUUCACAUCUGGGCGCUCACCAUGAAUCAGGCAGUUCUGUCUGCACACAUAGCAAUAGAUGAUUCGGUUGAUGCCCAGACCGUCCUGAGGGAAAUGACCCAGGCCUGUUUCUCCUCCUACAACUUCCACUCCAUUACCAUUCAAAUGGAGCGGCAGGCUGACCUGAAGCCUGGAUGUACGCUGUGUGAAAAUCCUCAAAACUAGGAACCCGAUGAGACUCGUUUCCAUAGCAACUAGGACGGCCGGGAAACGUUUUCUUUUACUGCAGCGUCUCAGACAAACUUGCGUACCUGUAUUUUAAGUGCACUUUGUACUAAUUCCUAUAAUUGUUGGUAUUUAAUGAUGAUGAGGAUGGCACAAGCUUUAAUAAUUUGACUUAUUGCAAAAAAAAAAAAAAUCACAUUAAACUAAUUUGUUCUUUUCUUCUUUCUGAAUUUAAAAUUUUGAGUGUCUUUUAUAGCUUAUUGAUUCUUAAAUGUUUUGAGUCAAGGUGCUGAAUACAAAUAAACAAUACUUUUGGAAGA